AUGUCUAGAAGGAGCAACACCAUGUCAGGCUCUAACGGCAACACCAAGGACGUUAUGUCAUCUAACAGCCCAGCCAUUGACAAACAAAAGACCCUUCUUUCUGCUGAUGUUGGACACUUUUCUCUGGUGCGUGCCAUGCACCUUGCCGAUUUGAUUACCCUCAUGAACGGCGCAUGCGGUGUCAUGUCCAUUUUCUCUUCGCUACGAUACGCACUCGGCGAUCCCAAGGAUUUUGAUAAUCUCUGGCUUGCUCUCUUCUUCCUGCCUUUCGGUCUUUUCUUCGACUUCUUUGAUGGCAAGGUUGCUCGAUGGAGGAAGAAGAGCAGUCUGAUGGGCCAAGAGUUGGAUUCUCUUGCUGAUUUAAUUUCAUUCGGUGUUGCCCCCGCUAUGGUCGCCUUCACCCUUGGUUUCCGUUCCGUUGCCGAUACUGCUGGUCUUACAUUCUUCGUUCUGUGUGGCCUCACUCGUCUUGCUCGCUUCAACGUCACUGUCGCUGUCUUGCCCAAGGAUGAUACCGGCAAGAGCAAGUACUUCGAGGGAACUCCCAUUCCCACUUCGCUCGGUAUGGAUGCCAUCAUGGCCUACUGGCUUUCUCAGCGAUGGGUUCACGACAACCUCCCUUUCGGUGUCUGGUUCCAGGGUUCCGCCCUCGAGUUUCACCCUGCCGUCCUCCUGUUCAUGAUUCACGGCUGCCUCAUGACCAGCAAGACUAUCCGCAUUCCCAAGCCCUAA